AUGAAAUUCUCCGCAACCAUUCUAUCACUCCUCUUUGCCUCUGGCUCUGCUUUUGCCCCAACGGAGUCUCGAGCACGCGGCUUGUCUGCUCUACAAAUGGCUUCUGUCAAAAAAGUUCAUGCCCGUGAAAUCUUGGAUUCCAGAGGAAACCCGACUGUUGAGGUCGAGGUGACGACUGAAGACGGUAUGUUCCGUGCUUCCGUUCCAUCGGGUGCUUCGACUGGAGCCUAUGAAGCCGUCGAGCUUAGGGAUGGUGGUGAUCGUUAUCUAGGAAAGGGUGUUUUGCAGGCCGUUGCCAACGUCAACGAUCUCCUUGGGCCUGCUGUAAAUGGAAUGGAUGUCGUCGAUCAAGAUGCUAUCGAUAAGGUCAUGCUUGAUUUGGACGGUACCCCCAAUAAGGCAAAGAUGGGUGCCAAUGCCAUUUUGGGUGUCAGUUUAGCAGUUUCCAAGGCAGGAGCCGCCGCCAAGAAUGUGCCACUCUACCAACACUAUGCCGAUCUUGCUGGAAAUGAUUUGAGCCAAUUCACAAUGCCUGUUCCAUGCUUCAACGUCAUCAACGGUGGAUCCCAUGCCGGAAACAAGUUGGCAUUCCAAGAGUAUUUCGUCAUUCCCACUGGUGCCAAGAGUUUCGCCGAGGCCAUGACUAUUGGAUGCGAGGUUUACCACACUUUGGGUAAGAUCAUCAAGGCCAAGUUCGGUGGUGAUGCUACUCUCAUUGGAGACGAAGGUGGCUUUGCACCUCCAUGCGACAACCGCGAAGGAUGCGAACUCAUCAUGGAAGCCAUUGCCAAGGCCGGGUACGAUGGAAAGUGCACCAUUGGAUUGGAUGUUGCUGCUUCUGAAUUCAAGGUGAAGGGAGAAGAUGGAUACGACUUGGACUUCAAGUACGACGGAAAUGUCGUCUCUGGUGAGGGACUUGGUGACUUGUACCAAAGCCUUGCCGCCGACUUCCCAAUUGUCACCAUCGAGGACCCCUUUGACGAAGACGACUGGGAGAACUGGUCCAAAUUCACCGCAAAGAACGGAGAAAAGUUCCAAGUUGUUGGUGACGAUUUGACUGUUACCAACAUUGAGAAGAUUGCCAGAGCCGUGGACGAGAAGGCUUGCACCUGUUUGCUCCUCAAGGUGAACCAAAUUGGAUCCAUCUCUGAAAGUAUUUCUGCUGUCAAGAUGGCCAAGCAAGCAGGAUGGGGUGUCAUGACAUCUCACCGAUCUGGAGAAACCGAAGAUACCUAUAUUGCUGAUCUUGCUGUUGGUCUAUGCACUGGACAAAUUAAGACUGGAGCACCAUGCAGAUCAGAGCGACUUGCCAAGUACAACCAAUUGCUCCGUAUUGAGGAAGAACUUGGAGCAAAGAAUACUGUCUACGCUGGAGAGGGUUUCCGCACCACUGCCUGGAUGGGAUAA